CGUCAACAAAACAUUUAUCGAUUUUAUUGCCUGCAUGGUAUCAUCAAGAAGAGGAAUCUAAAAAGAAGAGUAAACGACCUGCUUCUGUUUAUUCUAGUACUUCUUCAACUUCAUCUUUUAAUCAAUCAUUUCAAAAUGCUAAAAAGAAUUUAUACCACAUGUUAACUCAACAAGAAGAUAAAAAAGAACAAAGAAUAGAACAAAACAUUACUGAAUUUAAACAUAUUUUAUUAUUAUGCUUAAAUGAUUGUUCAAUUGGUUACUACAGAAUAACGGAGCAUAUUCAUCGUAGAGUACCAAAAAUAGUUGAAACUAAAAAGAAGAUAAAAGAGACAAGUGAGAAAGUGAAUAUUGCAGUAUCUAACAUUAUUGAUGUUAAAAAAAGUUUAAAUGAUAUUGAGCAUAUCGAGUCCUUUUACAAUAUAAACAAAAUGAUUCAAAAAUCAAUGAAACUAAUAGAUAAAUAAGCAAUAAAAAGUAGAUGUGUGU